ACAGGGAGACAAAAAAUCGUGGGAGCUGAGCGGCUCGGUAAGGAGUCGGAGCGCUCGGGGGCUUCCAGAGUCCCUCUCCCCAGGAUUGCUGGCCCCCACCUCUCUUCUUCUGAGAUUAUUACAAAAUGCUGGGAGCCGCGGAGGACGGUGGAUGGCUUUUCUGGAGGGUGAUCGCUUGUGGGAGACGGAGUGCAGACAGCAAGAGGCAAGUGAUCUUGUUUAUUCUGUGCUUUUGCGUGUGUCAGAGCGGGGCUGAAACCCUCCGCUAUUCUCUAUCGGAGGAAAUGGAGAGGGACUCCUUUGUCGCCAAUAUCGCAAAGGAYCUGGGUGUUCCUCUGAGCCAGCUUGCGGCUCGCAAGGCUCGCGUUGUGUCCGAUGGGAAGGAGCAGCUUUUCCGACUCAAUCAAAACACCGGAGUCCUGACGGCAAAGGAGUCGCUGGACCGAGAGGAGAUCUGUCCRCAGAGCGAUACCUGCACUCUCGCCUUUAAGAUAUUCUUUGAAAAUCCAUUGCAGCUUAUGCGAGGGGAGGUGGAAGUUCGUGACGUAAAUGACAAUUCACCCUUGUUCCCGGAGAAGGAGAUGGUUUUAAAAAUUCUAGAAACAGCAUCUCCUGGGUCCCGUUUCCCCCUGGAAAGCGCCCAGGACAAGGACGURGGCACUAACGGUUUGCAGAACUACAGCCUCGGGCCCAAUCCUCAUUUCUCCCUCGCUACUGGAACAGGGAAAGACGGAAUAAAAUAUGUGGAACUUAUUCUACAGCGCCAGCUCGAUCGUGAAGAGCAGGGAGAGCUGAAUUUGCUUCUCACCGCCACCGAUGGGGGCUCGCCACCCAGGUCGGGCACGGCUCAGGUCCGGAUCGUGGUGGUGGAUGCUAAUGACAACAUCCCGGUUUUUGAAAGGGAGAUCUAUGAGGUGCGCCUGGCUGAGAACAGCCCCCUGGAGCAGCUGGUGGUCAGAGUCACGGCCGCGGAUCCCGACGAAGGGUCCUACGGGGAAGUGCGUUAUGCCUUUACCCAGACAUCGGAGCGAUCCCGGCAGCUCUUCCAGCUGAACCCGGCUACCGGUGAAAUACGAGUCUCGGGCAACCUGGAUUUCGAGGAAGCAAAAACCCACAGUAUGGUGGUGAAAGCCACGGACGGCGGAGAAUUGUCUGCGCAUUGCAAAGUGCAGGUGGAGGUCCUGGACGUGAAUGACAACGCCCCGGAGAUAGCGCUCACCUCCCUCACCGCCUCCAUUCCCGAGGACGCCCCGCCACGCACCGUGGUGGCUCUGUUCAGCGUGCGGGACCGGGACUCCGGGGACAACGGCAGGACKGAGUGUUCCAUGGACGGGGACUUGCCAUUCAGUCUCACCCCCACUUUUGAUAAUUACUACGAACUGAGAACAAACGCGGCUCUGGACAGGGAGAGGACGGCCGAGUAUAACAUCACCAUCACAGCCAUGGACUGGGGCACGACACGGCUGAGCUCUCGGAAAAACAUCUUCGUGCAGAUAUCGGAYGUGAACGACAAUCCCCCGGAGUUUACCCAGGAGGUUUACACCAUGUCGGUCACGGAGAACAACAGCCCCAUGCUCCGGAUCGGCAGCAUGAAAGCCACGGACGCCGAUGCAGGGAAAAAUGCCCGCGUAAGCUACGCGCUAGUGCGGCAGGAGGGCAAAGAGCAGCCCGAAGUGUCAGUCAACGCUGAAAAUGGCGACGUUUAUAUCCUCCGCCCGCUGGACUAUGAGAAGGUACGCUCCUUCGARGURACAGUGCGCGCAGCUGAUGGCGGCUCCCCGCCGCUCAGCGCCCAGGCCGUGCUACGCGUGGUCGUGAGGGACGAGAACGAUAACGCGCCCGUGCUGCUGCACCCGCCCCCCGACAGCAGCGCUGCAGGAGAGCUGGUGCCGCGCUGGGCGCCGUCCGGCUACCUGGUGGCCAAGGUGGUGGCGGUGGACGCGGACGCGGGCCAGAACGCGUGGCUGUCGUACGAGCUGGCCAAGGCCACGGAGCCGGGGCUGUUCCGCGUGGGGCUGCACAGCGGCGAGGUGCGCACGGCGCGGGCCGUGACAGAGAGGGACGCGCCCCGGCAGAGGCUCAUCGUGCUGGUGCGGGAUCGCGGACAGCCAUCGCGCUCWGCCACUGCCACCCUCGCCGUGGCACUGGUAGACGGCUUCUCCGAAGCUCAUUUGCAGGUGAACGAGGUGGCACCGGCCGCCGACCCCGACGGGCCGCUCACUCUUUACCUCAUCGCCUCCCUCGCCUGCGUGUCGGCGCUGUUCCUCGCCACUGCCGUGGCCGCCGUGAUAGCGAAGGUGMGGCAGGCCAGGCGGAGCGAGGCGGAGACCUUGCCCACGUUCCCGACAACCGCCACGGRAAGCACCGCGGGCUCCCUGCCCCGCAGCUACGUGUACGACGUCUGCUUCGCCGCCGGGACCGUCAACAGCGAGUUCCGUUUCCUCAGGCCCCUCUUYCCCUGCUUUCCCGCCGGGCUGCCCCCCGGGCCGGGAGAACAGCGGAGCUCGGUGUGCUCGCAGGAUGCUGCAAACCUCGGGGAUGAAGGCGACUGGACCGCACAGGGCAGAGCUCCCCUCUCUGAASAGAUGGGGCCCAGGGCUGCAGAUGCAGUUUGCCCUGCAAAUAGGGAGCUGGAGCUAAAUGUCACUUCUGAUCAAAAUCCUUGGCUUGCCCAUCAAUAAGUGAAGAGAAAGUCAAGUUUGUCUGUCCUCACAGAGAAAGAAACCAAACACCUACCAGGGAGAUCAAGACUUCUCUGUGAGAAUGCUAUCCCCUUGAGCAGUASUUCAUUCAUGUAGAUAUUUUGUAAUUGUGGUGUAGAUGGAGCAGAACUGUGUUGCAUGUUGAUUACAAAAUAAUGUAUGAAUGUGAGACUGCUGCUGCUUGUACAUACUACGGGAAAUACUGAAAACUGGCAGCAGAUCUUUAACAUUUUGGCUACACUACCUUCUCUGUGGGUUUUAUUUUUGUUUUAUUUGUUCAUUUACUUGUUUUUAUGGAGAGAGCUUUGUAAUAAUAUCUUAAUUUUCUGCCCUGUGUUCAACACCAGGUGAAACAGAUGYUAAGCAAAUUCAAGUGGUGCUUGCAAAGGGAUUUCUUACAUAAYAAGCAGAUCUCUUUAAAUUAGUAACUGCUGACACUGGCACACUUUGCAUACUUGACUUGGAGUUUACACGUUCUCCUUACUGUAAAGAGUGGACUUUGAGCCGUGUAUUCUUUCUUUCUUUCUUUCUCUUUUUCCACAAAGUAAAGUUAAAGUUACCAUUUCGCAAUUUUUUAAAAAAAAUUAAGAUAAUUAAAAGUACUGCUUUUAGUCUUACAGUAAAAUAGACGAAACCGUUUGCAAUUAAUUUAGGGCACUGUAGAAUAUAGGGUGUCAAGCUUUCUGUUUUCUCUUUCUUUCAUCAAUCGGUAUUAAUCUAUAAAGUAAUGUGAUAUUUCCUGUUGUUGACACAUUUUAAGGAGUCAAAUACGUAAUGACAGAGAACAAUAAAACCUACU